CUGUGGUGUGUGUAACUUUUAUGCUCAAACUUGUAUAUACACAAACAGAUGCAAUAACGGUUACAUAAGAACAACUAAACGCUUGGAGGCAAUAUGUCAAAAAUCUUCAUCGGCCGUAUAUGUGUACCACAAGGGCUUUUAUUCAAGCAUCGUAUCCCUUACUCAGUUUUUUCUUAGACUUUUUUCUCACCGGUAGGUAAACGAGCAUUUUUCGAUUAGAAUGGAUCGUUGAUGUGGCACUUUUCCAAAAUAUUAUCAUAAAAAGCGCAACAAGUAACAAGUUUCGCGCUCCUUAGGCUUGGCUCAUGCGUACUGUUAUGGUUCAAAAACGGCCUCGAAUUCAUACUUACAUGCAGUUUUGCAUCAGAACUUAGUGCAAGGUUCGCUCAUACUUACAAUUCUGUAUAUCGCACGCCACAAGCUGAUUUUUCAAUCGCCAAUUCGGCCCACGUGAAAUUCUGAAUCGUUGACAAGUACAGAUAGGACAUAGAUAUAUGUCUGCCGUUGUUGCUUAACCGUCUCAGCCGUCAGCCUUUGCAGCCACUCGCUCAUCUAAACUGGAAAAAAUUUCAGCAGUAAUUUAAAAAUUCAAAAUGUCAAGGUUCAAUGAAAAUAAUUUAAGUAACAGUAAUACUUGUGUUGUUUGCUACAAGGAUGGAGAGUAUUUUAGUAUUGGACUGUGCGAACAUGCAGUUUGUUUUGAAUGUAGUACUAGAAUGCGCGUUUUAUGUGAACAAAAUGAAUGUCCAAUUUGUAGGCAAGACUUGCCAAAAGUUGUUUUCACCAAAGAAAUCAAGCCAUAUAGGUUACUAAAAAAAGGCCCUCUUGUAGAUGCCAAGUACAAUAUUCAUUUUGAAUGUCCUGAAAUCCAACGCAAAUUUCAAAAACUUUUAUCACAUAACUGCUACAUAUGCAACAAAAAAGAAGGUUUUAAUUCAUUUGAAAGUUUAAAAGAGCACAUGAAAAAAAAACAUGAUCUUUACUAUUGUGAUUUGUGCGCUGAGAAUGUCAAGAUUUUUCCUCAUGAACGUCGUUGUUAUAACCAAUCUGAUCUGAAACAUCACAUGAGCAAAGGUGAUUUGGAUGAUAAGAGUCAUAAAGGUCAUCCAUUAUGUAAAUUCUGUGUUAAGAGGUACAUGGAUAAUGAUGAUCUAUUUCGCCAUUUACGCAGAGAACAUCUGUUUUGUCACUUUUGUGAUGCUGAUGGUCUACAUCAAUAUUACCAAUCAUACAAUGAUUUGCGCAGUCAUUAUAAAAGUAAACAUUAUUUGUGCGAAGAAGCUGGAUGCAUUGAUGAAGAAUUCACAAGUGUAUUUAGAUCAGAAAUUGAUUUGAAAGCUCACAAAGCUAAUGUCCAUGCAAAAGGAUUAAGCAAAGCUGCAGCAAAACAAGCUAGAACUCUUGAAUUGGAAUUCAAUUAUGGACAACUAAGAAGUGAUACAAGAACGAGAAGGCAAAAUGGCAAUCGUUUUGAUAAUUCUUCUAAUCGACAUCAAGAACCUGUAGAAGAAGAACCAACUUUGGAAUAUUUUGCAACUCCCACUCAAAUACAACCCGAUGUUCAAAGUACUGCAGAGUUCCCGAGUUUGGGAGGGGCUUCAGCUCCUACUUUACUCUCUGGUCCAGUUCGCUCAAAGGGUGGAUUGAAUUUACGUAGUAAGUUGAAGCCAGGAAACUAUGAUCUAAAUUUUCCAACUCUGGGAGCAGAGGCAGCUGCAGCUUCAGCUUCAGCUUCAGCUUCAGCUUCAACUUUAGCCACAACUUCAACAAACUCAAGAACAUCUAUUACAUCUGCACCUGUAAAUGGUUUGAAAAAAACAUUUAACAUGAGUGUUAAUACAAAUACAAGUGGAAAAGUUAUGGGAGCUAUUGCUAAUCAAAGGCCUAAAGAAACAGUAAAACCAACUACAAAAGGUCCAUCGCGUCCACCAAUUCCAACUAUAGUUCCUAAACCAAGUUCAUCACGAGAGUCAAGGGAUGUGGAUUUUCCAGCACUUGGUGGAACAUCUUCUGCAUCUUCAUCAGUGUAUUCAGCAGGAUCACAAUCAACUCAAUCAUGGACUAAAGUAACUUGUUCUAAACAAUAUCCAGUCCAAAAGAAAGUUCAAACACAACCAAUACCCCCUAUACCACCGCCUAUUAAAUCUAGUAAUGAUUUUCCGAGUUUGUCAAAAACUAAUACUCGUCAACCUAUUCCUGGAUGGGUUCAGGCCCCAGAUAGUGAUUCAACUAAAGGAAAAGCAAAAAAGAAAAAAAAGCAACAAAAUAAAAAUGCCAUCAGCUAUAGUACGUUGGCAUCUGGAUCAAAGAAUAAUAGUACAUCACAAAGUACAUCCAGCACAAGUGAAAAUAUUAAAGUAAAUAAUACAAAUGAUUCUUCAUGCUUUGGAGCUAAUACAUCUGCACAUCCAGUAACAGAAAAACAACAACAAAUAACAAAAAGCAAGAAUAAUAGCCAAGAAAAUAAACCUCCGAAUAAAAUAUCACAAGACGAUUUUCCAUCCUUGACAAAUAUUCGAAACGCUCCAUCAGGCCCACCACCUGGAUUCACAACUCAAAGUAUUUCAUCAGCACCACCAGGAUUCAAUAGUAAACCUAAUGGCUUUACCAAAAAUUUAGAUGAUCGGUUGAGCAUUGACGAUUUAUUGCUGACAAAAGCACCUGCUGAUUAUAUUAAUCCUCAAAAUUUCCAAGAACGUAACCGACAGCUCAUCAAAGAAUUAAGCAUACAUGGUCAAGAUUUUGAAGAUUUUAAAUAUAUCAGUGCAUUGUUCAGAAACAAUCAAUGCCUUGCUGCCGAUUAUUACAAAAAAUGCCGAUCAGUUAUGAAUCCAGAUUCAUUUGAUAACAUUUUUUCGGAACUUUUGGCUCUUUUGCCGGAUAUAAACAAGCAGCGUGAAUUAUACAUGGCGUAUAUUUUAGAAAAUAAUGGUAAAGGCAUCAAAGGACUAACGAUGUGCCCAUCCUGUGGACAAAUAUUGUGCAACCGAGAUCUCCACGCGCACAUGUCGUCGCACAACCUUGAUGAUAAUUUUCCUUGCCUUGGAAUGACAAUGAAAAAAUUGAUAUUUACACAUUAAGUUCGAAUUUAGUUGGUAAAUUUACUCACCUGAACAUCGUACUAAACAGAAAUUUGACGUUCAGUUUGGUUUCGAUAAUUUGUACCGUUCAAUUGAAGAAAUGUAACGGAAGACUUGUAUGAAAAGUUCAAUGUGCAUAAAAAAUAGCUUGAAACAAUUUAUAUUAUAGUUUUGUCAUUUUUUCUUCAAAUUUACUGUGAUUAGUAAGGCAUUGCCUGAAAUAUUAAGUUACCACUACUGGACAUCAACGAAUACCGUGUGUGUAUAUCUACCCUAAAAAUGUAAAAUAAAAAAAGUUGAUAACAUAAACUUUACUAUUCUAAUCUAUCAUUAUUGUACAGUAAAUACAUUUACUUUUUUCUAAUUUUACAAAUGAAUCGAUAAAUUUAUGAAUCAUACAACUGAUAAAAUGAAUUAAUUAUUUUAAAAAUGAUUAUUUUGUAAUUCCAAGAAAUUUCGAAAUAUUCUGAAAAUCCACAAUAGAGAUUUUUUCUACAAUUUUUAUUUUUCUUCUUCAACCACUUUAUACUCACGAUUCAAAUAUCCGCUAUGCAAUAUUAGUGUAUAAAUGUAUGUAUAGUAAAUAUAGUAUUGUUUUUUACAAUAGCAAAAAGAUUUAAAAA